AACUUUUUUUAUAACACAUCACCCUCAUCAUGAAGUUUUCCUUAUGGUUAUUGGCAGUUUCGGUGCCCUUGCUGACGGCUUUACCCUUGGGAUUAAAACAAUACUUUUUUAACUUGUUGGUUGACAUCAGGUCAUCAGAUCCAUUUCCAGUUGAUCCUACGUUCUCCGACAACGUCAACAAAACCACACUUGAUUCGUGGCUAGCUGAUGAGUACGACGUGGCGUGGAACAACUUGCUCCGCAACAUUGGUAACUCUUCCACUUGUUUGGACCCUAAUAUCUUUCCGGGUGUGAUUGUGGCUUCACCAUCAAAAGUCAAACCUGACUAUUAUUACCAGUGGACCAGAGACAGUUCUUUAACAAUCCGGACCUUGAUACACUAUUUGCAGGACUCGGUGAAUAAAUCCGACUCUGACCCCAGGUUUCAAGAAUACCAGUGGUUGGUAGAAAAUUAUAUCUGGAACAACUUCCACUUGCAGCGGUUACCCACGAUGUCAGGGGACUUCGACUCGGGAAACACUUUGGGAGAGCCCAAGUACUUGGUCAACAAUAGCCAGUUCAACCAAAAUUGGGGAAGACCUCAGAACGAUGGGCCCGGCCUUAGAAUCUCCUCGAUAUUAUCGUUUGUCAGCUUGGAGUUACCUUCUCAGACAGGCUUAAACACCACGUUUAUCUUCAACGAGAUCAUCAAGCCUGAUUUACUCUUUGUGGCUAACAACUGGAUGAAAGAGUCGUUUGACUUAUGGGAAGAAAUCAAGUCCUUGCACUUUUUUACGUCACUGGUACAGUUGAAAGGAUUGUUGGAUGGAAUUCAGUUCAUUAACCUGAACUCUUAUUUGAACGUUGACCAGGAAGUGGUUGAUACGUUGGUCACCAACUACAAGGAUUUGAAAAAGUUUAUUGAGUCAUACUAUAUCAGUACCAAGACCAAUUAUGUGCUUGAAUCUCCUGCUUUGUUUCCUCAUACCAGAUCUGGUUUGGACUCGGCAGUAUUGUUGGGGGCUAUUCAUUCCCAUGACAUGAAUGAAAACGAUAAGCUUAUACCUUUUGACAUUGACAGCAACCAUAUCUUGAACCAUUUGGUGAAGAUUGCUGGUGACAUGAAAUCAAGAUAUCCCAUUAAUCACCAUUUGGACUUCAGCAAUGCGGUUGGGAUCGGUAGAUAUCCUGAAGAUGUUUAUGACGGUUACGGUACUAGUGAAGGAAAUCCAUGGUUCAUUUCGACUGCUACUGCUGCAGAAUUGCUUUAUAAGUUCGCCUACAAAUUGGUGACUGCUAAAGAGGACUUGAUCAUCACGGCUGCAAAUAAAGAUUUCUUCAAAUUGGUGUUGCAACUUGACGAUACACAGGACUUUGUUGUAAUCAAGUAUAAGUCGGCGGUUUUUAAUGACUUGAUUGAAAAUCUUCUCAAAUUCAGUGACAAUUUCUUAGUAGUGGUGAAAGAUCAUGUGGACUUGAAGGGUGGUGUCAGCGAGCAGUUCAAUAAGUACCAUGGUUUCAUGGAAGGAGCCAGAGACUUGACAUGGAGUUAUUCCAGUUUAUUGAAUGCUUUCAGGUGGAGAGGUAAGGUUAUGAAACUAGUGACUUAGAUAUUCUGGAAUACUUAACUUAUUCCAUUUUUUUCUUAUAGAUUUUUAUAGUGACAUUUGUAGAGUAGAGUAUAGCAUAAACAUGUGUUAAAUUAAACCUUAUGUGGACUGUUCGUCUAGCUUGCUAACACUUUCGAAUACAGAUAUGUUAUCCCACCUGCCAGUGUUUUUAAAACAUUCGUCGCUUCUAUCAGUUAAUUCAUCGAGUUCUUCUUCUGUAAGUAGAGGACAUCCCAGUCCAUUAUUAAUAUCAAACUCAAACCCUUCUAUGCUCAUACCGAACUGCUGGGAAAGCUUGACCAAAUUACUAAACUCAACCUCAAAGUCAGCCAACCGAUCGAAAUUCUUACUUCCUAUCUGAAUAACCAACCUCUCUAAAAACCGCUUACUGUAGUUCUUUAUAAUCAACAACUCUUCAAUCAGAUUUUUCACUAAAAACCUGAAGAUCUUGACGGGUUUGUCUUGGCCAAUUCUGUGACUUCUAUCGAUGGCCUGGAUAUCAACUUGAGGGUUCCAAUCAUUAUCAAACAAUAUCACAGUAUCGGCAUCUAUUAAAUUAAUUCCCAACCCACCUGAUCUGGUACUGAG